AUCUCUCUGAUUUGAUUCUUUACAAAAUCCAGGAAGUUGAAAUCAAACAGACCAAAGUCGACUACUUUUCUUUAAUUCAAUCUUGCAAUAUACAAAAUGGAAAUCCCGAAUCGUCCCCAAAAUCUCCAAGCAAAUCCCAAAAAACGUCCUUCUGAUUGCAAUGUCAACAUCCAAGACUCAACUUACUUCAAGAUUCGAGCCGUUCUUAAGGAUCUUCGUCCUCAUUUCCUUGAGGUACUCCGAACUCCAGACUUCCAGACUUCCAAAGCUGCUCAUGAAAUCACCCAACAAAUGAAGGUCUUAAUGAAGCUAUACAAAGACAUGACAACAGACACAAUCACCAUGGAAAAGUGUAAGAACGGAAUCGAUGGAGUUCAUGAUCAGAAAAAGCCACCACCACCGGAGGUCAAACCGGCUGAGCCACCACAGCCGCCGCCAGUAGAGAAGGAAAAGGUGGUCACCAGAAAAGCUUCUGAAGAGCUGCCUACCGCCAAUAAGCACCACCCUGAAGAAGUAACUCCGGGCAGUUACAUCGUCGGAGGGUCCGCUUUCGGUUGGAAUUUUGUGACUUUUCUGGGCGGCAAACUGGCGGCUUAUUAUGGUAGAACCAAAGAGGAUUUCCGGGCAGCUAAUCCGAUACCUGAUCAUCCUGACAUUGCAGAAUCUUGAUUAGUAUGAUACUGGUUUUGUUUGAAUGAUGGAUAGUACGUUGGUAUUUUAGAAUGUGUAACAGAUGUAACGCUGAUGAUGAAUGCCUGAAUGGUAUUUUUGUUUGUACUUUUG